CCUGAGCGCCAGAAAGGGGCGGUUCCGCGCGUGGGCAGGAGGAGGAGGGGGGGCCGAAGCAGCGUGGCCGGAGCUCUCGAAACUACCCGGGCAGUUCCUGCUCCCUGCGCGGGAGCCACCAUGACCAGCAACGGAGCAGGCAAUGAGGGCGCCGUUCCGGCGCGCAACGGAGCCCCCGGCGCCCUUCCGCCGGCGGUGAAGCCCUUGUUGCUCGGCAAGAGUUACGACGUCUCCGGCAAGGUGAUGCUGCUUGGAGAUUCAGGUGUGGGAAAGACCUGCUUCCUUGUCCAGUUCAAAGAUGGAGCCUUCCUCUCUGGGACCUUCAUAGCUACUGUCGGGAUAGACUUCCGGAAUAAAGUGGUAACAGUGGAUGAUGUAAAAGUGAAACUCCAGAUUUGGGACACAGCUGGUCAGGAAAGGUUCCGGAGUGUAACACAUGCAUACUAUCGUGAUGCACAAGCUCUCCUCCUCCUUUACGAUAUCACCAACAAAGUCUCCUUUGACAGUAUUCGGGCUUGGCUCACAGAAAUCCAUGAAUAUGCCCAAAAGGAUGUGGUUAUCAUGCUCCUAGGUAAUAAGGCUGACAUGAGCAGUGAGCGAGUUAUCAGAACAGAGGAUGGGGAAUCCUUAGCCAGGGAAUAUGGAGUGCCUUUCAUGGAGACUAGUGCCAAGACUGGUAUGAAUGUGGAACUGGCAUUUCUGGCCAUUGCAAAAGAGCUCAAGCAACGAGCUGUGAAGCAGCUGGACGAGCCCAGGUUCCAAAUCCAUGACUACAUUGAGUCAGAGAAGAGGCGGUCCAACUGCUGUACUUUCCUCUGAAGGAAGAAGAUACUAAGGCAGUCUGAAUGACCGAACGCUAAAGAGACCAAGGAGCAGAGUGCCACCCAGAAGAUGCAGGGAAGGAAGGAAAGAAAUUUGGGGGAUCUACUCCAAAGACAUGACUUUUUAGAGAAUCCUUUUAGAGACUGUACAUAAGAAGUAUAGGUCUGCUGUUGAUUGCCAUGUGUGGAUGUGAAGGAAGAGCUAAGAAUGCAUGUGUGAAAGUAUGCAAAGGCAAUCAGGUUCUAUAGUAUUACUCAGGCCUAUCAUUCACUGGUAAGAGGAAAAGUACGGCCCGCACCAAAGCAAAUCAAGCUUUUUCUUAAUUCUCACAGCCCUGCGCUUUGCCUUGAAAAAAGAGGGAGGGUUGACUGGGAGCUACACAGGCGGUCUCUCUCUUUCAAAGGCCAUGGGAGGUAUUGCCCUAAAAAGCCAUGGUUUGUAUGAAUACUGAAACCAGCAGGAAUAUUCAGUCUAGUAAAAGUAGACCGAUUUCCUUUGACCUCUGGCCUUUCCUGCUUCCCACACCCAAAGAUCCUGCCAGGAUCUUGCUUUGCUUCUCCUCCCUUCCUCCCUCUGCCCAAGGAAGGGACUCUGGGGAUCUGUGUGUGUCUUUUGUCCUGGCUGGAACAUCAAGAAAAUGCUGCUGACUGGAGUUAGGUGGGGGAGAAAGAGAGAGACCACUAUACUUUUAUGACCAUAAACAAAGGGAAGUGUUAGAAAGUGGACUGUUUGUUUUGAUGGGGCGAUGAAAGACCCAUCUGGGG